UGCGAAAAGAGAACACAGUCUGUAAAAGGUGACCACAAAGGGGAACGGAAGCCUAGGCCUAACAAGAAGUCGCAGCACACCGCCACGAGCCGAACUGGCAGCAGCAAGCAGUCGUUUCGGAUCGCAAAGAACAUAAGAGAUGCCACAGGAGCACUUAGCUCCGGUUGCGGAGGCGAAGGAGACGCGCGUUUCGGAGAAUGAGAAGUCUCUUGGCGCCCCGCUCCGACUCAUGACUCAGUUCUUGAGGGCAGUGUCCGAGAACCGGAUGGAGCAAGCUCUGGCACUUGCACAAACAAUUUUGAAGUUCGAGCCUCGCAAUGCCAUCAUCUUGGACUACCAGGCUACGCUGGCACAGUACAUCAACAACGAACGCGAACUUGCGUCUGUUCGAGAAGAGGAUGCGGAUGAUGAUGACGAUGACAAUGGCGAUGACAAUGACGACGGAGGAAGUGGCGAUGAGGCCGGUAACGCAGCAGACGUGUCAUCUUCAACUGCGACGGGUUCUGAUGACGGGUCCACUGAGGAAGCUAGCGCUGAAGAGAUAUCAGGAGAAGACAAAGACGUAGCCGGGGCUCCUCGCGGCGAUGCACCCUGCCAAGUUGCUCAGAAGGCAUCACGACAAGGAUCUGUGCAUGACAAACAAGAGUUGCAGCGACUUGGCGGCGUUCUCCGUGACUUGAGGAAGACGAGGGAGGCCAGAAGCCAGGAAAUUGAGUCUCGGUGGGACGAAGAUAAGUUCGCUGCCAGCCAAAGGGAAGUGGAAGCAGUACUUCGGAAAUUUCUCCCGGAUGCAGCGAGGCAGGCAGCUGAGAAGCGGGCAGCAGACGGCGCACCGGACCAACGCCACAGCGAGACCGCGAAGUAGCCGAGAGUAUUGCCUCUCUCUCUCUCUCUCCUCGAACAAACGGGACGAUGGCUGCCUACACAGAACGACGCGUCUGAGCUGUGCUGCUCGCUAUGAAGCAUACCACGAGGGAGCGGUAUUCAACAAGGAACUGCAUGCAUGCAUGAACAUCAGCCGCGCUCGAUGGAGGACGGGAUCGAUAAAAGACCGGAAGGGAGAAGAGGCGUCUUGGCAUGUAGUUUGGCACCGAAUCGAUGGAAGGUCAGCCAGAAAAGACUCGGCGGUGUCAAGACCUUCACCUUCAUUGUGUGUGUGUUUUCGUUCUAUUUAUUGUGGCGACAGUCCC